UUCGUCAGAUCAUUUCUUCAGUCCGCGUUAAGAAACGUCGUUGGAAAGAUGCAGAGAAAUAUUCAGUUGUACGAGGCUGUAUUCGUCCUGGCUUUGGGUUUAUUAUCCUUGGCUAAUGGAGAACAGUACGAGGGUGUCAAGGCAGGUCGCUAUCAACAACGCUACUCUCAGCCUGCCAAUGAAACUGGUUUUUGCUACAAAAGGCUUCCAUACGCUGAAGCUGUGCAACUAAACACGACAGGUCAUGUCCAUGUGGUCCACAAUGCUGGAAGUCAGCAAGGUGUCAAAACGAAUCGUCGUGGUGGUGGUUGGGUCACGAUAAUCGAUUGCUGCGAGGGUUACGUUCGAGACGAGGCUACGGGAGAUUGUACAGUACAGUGUGAAGGCGGUUGUUUCGGUGGUGUGUGCGCUCCCGGCGGAAUAUGUACGUGUGAGUCUGGUUGGUAUGCCGAGAAUGGGGUCUGCAAACCGAUCUGUCGACGAGCCUGCCAGAGAGAUGCUUAUUGCUUUGCGCCAGAUGUUUGCGCUUGCAAAUACGGUUACGAAGAGAGUGUUGAUGGCCAAUGCUUGCCUAUCUGCACGGGUGGCUGUGAAAACGGCGAUUGUAUCGCCUUUCAAACUUGUCGAUGUAAGCCUGGCUACGUAAUGAACGGAAACAAUAAGUGCGAGGCUGUUUGCGAGGGUGGCUGCCCACACGGAGAAUGCACGAGGCCUGGAGUGUGCACCUGUUACAGUGGGUACGUCAAUCCACCUGGUGAAACCGAAGCCUGCUUGCCUGACUGUGGACCCAGCGGAUGCCUCAACGGUGACUGCACUUCCCCAGGAGUCUGCACCUGCAGUCCCGGUUACAUUCAGGACUACCAGACACGCAAAUGCGUGCCGGAUUGUCCAAGAGGUUGUCCGGAGAACGCACGCUGCAUGGCGCCCAAUCGAUGCGGUUGCAACCCCGGAUUCGUCCUGGAUCAACAUACCCGUACAUGCGUCAACCCACAAACUCAUCAGACUGACUCCUCCCCGUACCAACGACCGGACUCCCAGCAGGCUCAAUGCGACAGACCCUGCAUGAACGGCCAAUGUACGGGAUGGAAUGUUUGUACCUGUAACAGUGGAUACAUGCCCGAUCCUAGAGACCCUACCCGUACCCGUUGUGUACCUGGAUGCCCGGGUGGUUGCCCGAACGGAGUUUGUUCGGGACCAAACUUUUGCAUUUGCAAACCCGGUUACGUCAAGGAUCGUAGUGUUAAGGGUAGCCAGCAGUGCAUCCCUCGCGAAAUAACGAUGGAACAGUAUCGUUGAAAGUCACGCAGACAGUGACGAGGCUUCUGAGACCCAAAAUACUAUAAAAGCUCGUAGUCGAUCAUCCGCGUCACGAUGAGUAGGGAUGAAUAUGAAAAACCCGUAAAAAUGAUAAUCAACGUGAAUUUUUCUAAUAAUAAUCAUUGGACUAUUGA